AUGUGUAAGCUUAAAGAACAAGGAGGCAUGGGCUUUCGGGAAUUAGAAAGCUUUAAUCAAGCGCUUUUGGCCAAGCAAGGUUGGAAAAUUUUGACCAAUCCCGAUUGCCUCAUGGCUAAGGUGUUGAAAGCUCUUUACUUCCCUCAUAAUAAUUUUCUUGAGGCGAAAGUGGGUCACUAUGGUUCUCAUAUUUGGCGUGGUAUAGUGUGGGGCCGUGAGCUUCUUCUCAAAGGAUACCGGUGGCAUAUUGGGAAUGGGCUUACCAUAAGAAUCAAUGAAGAUCCUUGGCUUCCUAGAGGGGCACCCUUUGCUCUUCGAUCAAAAGUAAAUGUUCCCGAGGGGGUUACUAUCCAUACACUUCUAAACCAUGAUGGGUCUUGGAAGGGUGAUGAACUUACUGGCUGGUUUCACCAUGAAGAUAUCCCUUAG